CCAUGGAGAUAACGGCCUAAUCCCGGCGGUGACGCGUUUCCUGUGUUGUGAAGAUGGCGGCGCAAUGUUCGGAACCGGACCUGAACGGGGCUGCGGAGGGAAUCGUGUCCGAACCGGGCAUCGAACAGGACGAGCCGUCCGGUGAUGACGUCACGGGUUCCGCUGAAGAAGGCCCCGCCCCUGCAGAGGGGAGCGGUGACAACGGCAGCGCUGCCACGGCGACGGGGUCAGAGGGUGGCGGGCUGUACCCGGCAGGCCUGGAGGAUUAUGGGGAGGAGGAGGAGGAGGAGGAGGAGGAUCAGGGUUACCCUCUGGAAUUUGAGAAGUUCUGGAAGUUGACUCAGGAGAACCCGGUGGACUUCAGUGCCUGGACCAGCCUGCUGCAGUACAUCGAACAGGAGGGUCACAUGAGUGCGGCCCGGAAAGCGUUUGACUCGUUCCUGUCCCGCUACCCGUACUGCUACGGAUACUGGAAGAAAUGGGUGGACAUGGAGAGGAGGUCAGGGUUCAUCAACAAGGCAGAGGAGGUGUGUCUUCGAGGGCUGCAGCUCUUCCCUCUCAGUCUGGAUCUCUGGAUUCACUACCUGAGUUUCCUGCAAGAGACGCUCAACAUGAACCUGCCUCAGUCCGCUCCUCGGAUCCGCGCGGCGUUCCGCUCGGCCGUGGCCGCGGCCGGAUGGGAUUUCCGAUCGGACCGGCUGUGGGAGAUGUACGCGGACUGGGAGAGGGACCAAGGAGACCCGCGGGCCGCCAUCGCCGUCUACGAUAGAGUGCUGAGCGUCCCGACUCAGCUUUAUAACCAGCACUUCCACCGGUUUAAGGAGCUCGUCUCUAGCCACACCCCUCGUGAGAUCCUCUCCGCGGCGGAGUUCCUGGAGCUGAGGUCGGAGGUCAUGCAGGGGUGCGCGGCCGUGACCCCUGACCCCGACGGGGGGAGCGCGGAGGGGCCGCCAGGGGAGGAGGGGCCGCCGGGACUGACCGCGGGGGAGCAGGAGACGGACGAACACGAGCAGAAGAUUCGGGAGCUGCUGGUUGCUAGGCGACAGGAAGUCUACGAAAGCAACGAGGUGGAAGUCAGCAAGCGAUGGAGUUUCGAAGAGGCCAUCAAGCGCCCCUACUUCCACGUGAAGCCGCUGGACCGAGCCCAGCUGCGCAACUGGCACAGCUACCUGGACUUCGAGAUGGAGGCGGAGUCGGGGGUGGAGCCGGAGGUGGGGCUGGGGGCGGGGCCUGGCGGGAGGGCGGGGCUGCUGUUCGAGCGCUGCCUCGUGGCCUGUGCUCUGUACGAGGAGUUCUGGAGCAAGUACGCCAAGUUCCAGGCUCAGCGCAGUGUGGACGGAGCACGCAGCGUCUUCAAGAGAGCCUGUGAGAUUCACCUGCCCAGGAAACCCAGCAUGCACCUGCUGUGGGCCGCGUUCGAGGAGCAGCAAGGCAACCUGGAGGAGGCGCGGCGCGUGCUGGAGGCCCUCGACCAAUCGGUGCCCGGCCUGGCCAUGGUGAGGCUGCGCAGGGCCAGCCUGGAGAGGCGGGCCGGGAACCUGGAGGGGGCGGAGUCUCUGCUCCAGGAGGCGGUGCUCCAGAGCCAGGCCACGCCCCUCCGCUCAUUCUACUCCAUCAAGCUGGCCAGGCAGCUCCUGAGAGUGCAGAGGGACCAUGGCAAGGCACGCAGAGUGCUGCAGGACGCUAUCGACAGAGACCCGACGGACAGCAAGCUGCACCUGGCCCUGCUGGAGCUGGAGCUGAGCGCUGGGGAGCCGGGUCAGAGCGAGGGCCCGGUCCUGCAGUGUCUGAGCCACGCGCUGAGCUGCUCCCUGCCGCCCCAGACCAGGCUGCUGCUGUCCCGCCGGAGACUCGAGUUCCAGGAGGACUUCGGGAGCAGCGUGCAGAGUUUGCUGACGGCUUACGAUGAGCACCAGAACCUCUUGAAUGAAACUGCGUCCCUGAAGAGACGGUUAGAGAACGGAGACUGCGAGGAGGAGGAGGAGGAGGAUGAUGAGGGGGAGGAGCCCGCGGAGAAGAAAGUCAAAUCAGAAAACAGCCCAGUGGCCACGCCCCCCGACCACACCCCGGUCGCCAUGCCGACACCCCCCGCCCCCUUGAUGGGCGGAGACUUCAACAACGGCCAGGCAGCCUAUAACUACGGAGCCUGGUAUCAGCAACAGUAUGGAGGCUAUGGAUACCAGUCUCCUUGGAAUUACAACCAGUACUACCCUCCCAGUUAGGACUGGGGCAAGCCAGGGACCUGCAAACUGACCGUCCCGUCCCGUCUCCUCUCAACAGCAGAGCUGCAAGUCACGCAGAGACCAGGGCGAGGGGAGGGGGGGGGUGCUGGUGUGGAUCAGGGGGGGGCUGAUUCCCCGUUCAGAGCGAAUUCAGAAACAGCUGCUCGGGUUCGUGUGGGUCUCUGUUCUCCGCAGAGUCUUUAAGAAAAGCUGCGAUCGUCACAAACCCAAGCAUGAAACCCCCAACUCUGAUGCUCUGUUUUAUCAUUAUUAUUAUUUUUUAUUUUAAGUACUCCUUAAAAGGCGAAUUGUUCAACUGCCUGUUUUUACAAGGAUUUAAAAAAAUAAAAUAAUAAUAAAUUCUUUUAAAAGGAAUAUUUUGUAAAAAGCCAGCGUUCCUCAGGCGACGUUCUGAAUGUUUUUCUCGUACGUGUUUGUCGAGCGAUUUUGGACUUAUGAACGUACGUUUAGAAAUGCUGAAAGAAACUUAAUAAAUUCAGCGACCAGCGCAGCGGAAACGUUUGCCGUUGAAUUGAGUUUCUUCUAGAAUUUCUAAGUUCAGCAGUUGUUUGUAUUUGUGGAUAAGACGUUUAAUGCUUUUUUAUAUAUUGAUAAAUAAAGACCAUCGUUUUAUUUGCA